AUGGAUUCUUAUCCAUUUUCUGCUCACUCAAACUUUGUUGAACUACUCAGUCAACAAACAGUUCCCUUUGGUAACAAUGAAGAUAGUGGUGAUCUAUCUUCAUCACAACCACUUCCUGGUAGUAUAGGAACUGAUCCUCCAAACUGUGAUGGAGACAGUGGUCCUCAGCGCCAAGAACGUCGAAAGUGGACACCAACGGAUGAUGUAGUCUUGAUUAGCUCGUGGUUAAACACGAGCAAGGAUCCUGUGGUCGGCAACGAGCAAAAAUCCAACGGUUUUUGGAAAAGGAUUGCUGCUUACUUUGCAGCAAGUCCUCUGCUUGCUGGCUGCAAAGAACGAGACCAUAAUCAAUGCAAGCAUCGAUGGCAUAGGAUCAAUGACCUCGUCUCCAAGUUCUGUGGAGCGUAUGAAGCAGCUACUAGGGAAAAAACAAGUGGCCAGAACGAAAAUGAUGUCCUCAAGCUAGCUCAUCAGAUAUUUUACAACAACUACAAGACGAGGAUUAAUCUUGAAAACGCUUGGAAGGAGCUGCGGCACGACCAGAAGUGGUGCGAGUUGGCUACUGCAAAAAACGAUGGGAUCUUGAAGAAGAGGAAGUGUGAGGACGGGGGAGAUUCAGAGAGUUCUCAAGCAACAGAGAACAAGCGUACCCCUGGUGUGAAGGCCGCAAAGAAAGCUUGUCAGAAGACGGUGGUUUCGGAUGGUGAUCUUAAAAAGUUUCAGAGUAUGUGGACAAUGAGACAGGCAGAUUUGGACAGGAAAGAAAGGUUGUCUCAGCUGAGCCUGCUUAACAGUCUCAUUGGGAAAAAAGAACCCCUUCCCGAGUAUGAAGAAACCCUCAAGAAGAAGCCGAUAAAUGAUUUGUGGUAG